AUGAACAAUGGAAGCCCAGCUCAGUCGCCAGCUCCUCAUGUUCCCCAGGCGGGUCCAGUACCCAACUCGCCGUCUAUCGCUCCCAACAUGCCCCUGGACGGCCCCGCAGCAUACGACCCCGACGCACCCAAAUACUUUUUCCAGGAAAAGUAUGCCCCAUUAAAUGUCAAGGGCAAUUUCUUGACAUUGUGUGCCUGCCCUAAGAAUGUGGAGCUUGGGGAAUGGCUGGCGCAUCAGAUCGUCGAACAAUAUCGCUUGCUCCAUGGUAUGCUACAGGUUAUCCAAGAGGUUAAUGGAGUUACUGGUGUCCCCAUCUGUAACGAGACCACCUGCCCGACUAUGUCUGCUGGACGCCUAACGUACACCUGGCUCGUAGAUGGUCGUGCUGCCAAAAUCUCGGCCCCUAAGUUCAUCAACCGCGUCGAGAAAUGGAUUAUCAGCAAAAUCCACGACCCCGUUAUGUUCCCCACCGACAAGGUCAACGGCUUGCCGGAUACCUUCGCGCUUCAUGAGAUCUCAGGCACCAGUCCCUCCAGUCCUGGCGCAAACACGCCUGGCGAGGAGUGGAUUGGCAAAUCCAGCGGCUUCCCCCAGACAUUCUACAAAGACUGUCAAGGAAUCAUGAAGCAGAUGUUCCGUUGCUACGCCCAUCUGUACCAUGCACAUUGGCUGCACCCUUUCUGGCACAUUAAUAAGCACGACAUCCUUAACAUGUGUUUCGUCCAUUUUGUUACAGUCGCCAAAUAUUACAAGCUUGUUUCUGACAAAGAGAUGGAGCCUAUGCAACCACUGAUUGAUCUCUUCAUCAAACAGCAGAGAAUCCCCACCGAGGCGCUUUCAGGUGGUCAUUGGGGCCAACCAAAUUCUAGCUGA